GAAACUUUAUUAGUCAUGGUAAAAUAUAACAUGAUGACGGGUAUUUAUACGUAAUAUUAAGCAUACUUUUUACAGCCUUUUUAGUAAAUUUUUAAUAAUCUUGGUAAAAUUCGUGCAAACUUAAAAGUAAAAAAUGUUUUUGAGUGUUAUAUUUAUAAGUGUUAUUUUGACUUCAAUAAUUAAUGGUUCAAUAAUUGAUGUUCUUGAGGCAACUAAUGGUCAUGAACCUAGAGUUGCUAUUAAUUGUGGAAAAGUUCCUUUUUACGUUGAUUUGGAAACAGGGUCAUGGAUUGCAGAUAGUAAUGGAGUAGCAGUUUGUGAUGCAGAUAAAGACGAAGUGAAGAGAUAUUGUCAAAAAACAUACCCUAAACUGAACAUAUCUAAUGUUGUUGAAGCAAACACAGCAGUAAAGUUUAAAAACUGGUGUCAACCAGGAAUCCAGCAAUGCAGUGUAACAAAGCGUGUUGUGCCAUUUAGAUGUUUAGUAAAUGAGUAUGAAGCUGAUGCACUGAUGGUUCCUGAUGGAUGCAAGUUUGACCAUAUUCAUGAUCCAGAAUUAUGCUUAACUCACAAAGAAUGGCGUAGGCAAGCUCAACGUGAAUGUUCACGUAAAUAUUCUAUGAAGUUAAAAGAUUAUGGCAUUCUUUUAUCUUGUAAAACUGAUUACUUUACAGGAGUGGAAUUUGUUUGCUGUCCUAAGAAACAAGAUAGAUCACAAAAAGUAGCAAGCAAACCCAAAGUAGAAGAAAUUGAUAACAGUGGUUUUAAAGCAGCAAUUAAAAAUUUUCAACAAUACUUGCCUCUAGAAACUAAAGGUUGUGAUCGAAGCAAUUACUUAACACAACAAACAGCAAUGGAAGAUCGUCAUAGAAACCAAAUUGCUGCUGUCGUUGAUGAAUGGGAUGAAGCAGAGAGAAGAUACAACAAACUUAAAGCUCAAGAUCCUAGUGCUGCAGAGGAAAAAAUGAAGAGAACACUUGAGGUUUUUAGACAAACAUUAGCUGCACUUGAACAAGAGUCAAAAGUUGAAAAAGAUCGUCUUCGUGCUGAGCAUGCUGAUUGUAUAAAUACGCAAAUUGCAAAAGACAAAAGAGAUGCUAUGACAGGCUAUUUAAAUGCUAUUGAAGCUAAGCCCGCAAAUGCAGAGCAAAUUUUAAAAGCUGUUCGAAAAUUUAUUCAAGUUUGUGAACAUGACCGAGUACACAGUCUUCGCCAUUUUGAGCAUGUGAGAAAUCAAAAUGAAAAAAAGGCUGAAGCCCUGCGUGGUGAACUUCUUCAACAUUUAAAAGAUUUGAACAAAGUUGUCAAUGAAAGUAUGGCUCUUCUUAAUUACCUUCCAGAAAUUGCUGAAAAGUUUGGUUUUACAGGAGGAAGUGUUCUAAAGCCAAGAAUUGAUGUCCCAACUGAAGAAGAUCAUUCACAUUCACGUGUUGAAGAAAUAAUAGAGGAAGCUUCUAAGAAAUACACAAGAACUGAAAAACCUAAUAAUGAACGUGUUCCCACUGAUGCUAUUCCCAAUGAUCCCAAGUUGUUGAGUAAAGUAACAAGUCCAUCAGAGAACGAUAAUACUGAAGACGAAGAUGAUGAUGACGACGAUGAUGAUGAGGACGAUGACGACGAUGAUGAUGAAGACGAUGAAGAGUUAGUUGCCGUUAAAAAGUUAAAGGUUCAAACUACGGUAGAUACUAAUAUAGUAGAUCCAUCAACCACUACUGUUUUUCCUCAAAAUCUUGCUUUAGAGUUGAAGAGUUCUGAUGAAGAUGUAGCCAAUGUUGUGCAGGAGGAACCUAAAAAUAAUGAACAUCACCGUAGCAAACGCUCGGUUUUACUUACUGCAAUUUUGGGAUUAUCUUGUGGUAUUGUUGUCGUGAUGUUGUUUGUUGUAGUAGCAUUAAUUAUGCGACGACAAAGAAUUGUCAAAACACGUGUUAUUGUUUCGGAAAACAAUGAUGAUCGCGAACACCUUGUUAAAAUGCAGAAAAAUGGGUUUGAGAAUCCAACUUAUAAGUUUUUCUACUUCUAAUUUCGAGAAAUCAGCCAUGAAUAAUUUUAGAUAGUCUUUACUGGUUCAUUUAACCAGUCGUGGUGAAACCAGACCAAUGGCGUUCUUUAUUUUCAUGGUGCUAAAAAUUAUAACAAAUUAAAUGUGUUUGUGCAAAUACUCGAUUCUCGCAUGUGUUACAUUUAUAAUUUUAUAGUAGCCUCUGUAUAUUAUCUGCUUAUGCUUAACUUUUAGUAAAAAUUCUUUCUUAUGUAAAUAGAUUAACUCUAUUUAAAGUUACGAAUGUUUUAAGCCUGAUGUAUUUCGUAUUUUAGACCAGGUCUUAUUUAUAGUAGUAACCACGUUGAUUUUUGAGUCUUGUAUAUUUAAUAUUAACUUGUAAUCUUAAGUUUUUAUUUAUUAUAAUUUGUUAAUUUA